AUGUCUCUCUCUGGCUGCAAGAUGGCGGCAGCAGCGGAGCCGGGCACGGAGCUGUCCGGGGCUCAGCGGGAGCCGGUGCUGGGGGCACAGCCGGAGCUCGGCGGGAGCGCGGCGCCCCUCCGCCCGCCCGAGAUCGCCAUGCGGCUGGAGAGCGCCCGCCGGGAGCUGAGCAACAGGCGCAAGGUCCUGCUGAGAAACCUGCCCGAGGAGAGCAGCAGCCAGGAAAUCCAUGAACUAUUCAAAGAUUAUGAAUUAAAGUACUGUUAUGUGGACAGAAAUAAAAGAACAGCGUUUGUUACUCUGCAGAACGGAGAGCAGGCUCAAAACGCAAUCCGGAUGUUUCACCAGUAUUCUCUUCGUGGAAAAGAAAUAUCAGUGCAGCUCCAACCAACAGAUGCUUUGCUAUGCGUUACCAAUUUGCCCACCUCAUUUUCAUCACAAGAGUUUGAGGAACUAGUGUGUGCAUAUGGCAAUGUUGAGAGAUGUUUUUUGGUCUAUAAUGAAGUUACUGGCCAUUCCAAGGGCUACGGGUUUGUGGAAUACAUGAAAAAGGACUCUGCUGCAAAGGCUAGAAUGGAACUCCUGGGGAAGCAAUUAGGUGAAAACACCCUCUUUGCACAGUGGAUGGAUGUUAAUCAGUUGACUACCGAUCUUGUUCAUUCUAAGUGCCUUUGUGUAGAUAAACUCCCCAAUGACUACACUGAUUCAGAGGAACUGAUGCAAAUGUUCUCAUUUAAGUAUAAACCUGUGUUCUGCCAGUUUGCUGAGGACGAAGGCUGUUAUGUUGGUGGCUUUGCAGUGAUUGAGUAUGAGACUGCAGAGCAGGCUGAGGAAGUGCAAGAAGUCACAGAUGGUAUGACUAUCAGAGGAAAGAGAGUCCAGGUGUCGUACUGUGCUCCUGGAGCACCAGGACGAAGCACAUUAGCUGCAUUUAUAGCAGCACAACGUAUGAUGAGAAACAACAGAAAAGGAUUGCUUCCAGAACCAAAUCCAGUGCAGAUUAUGAAGAGUUUAAAUAACCCAGCCAUGUUACAAAUGUUACUGCAGCCCCAGUUGUGUAGACGUGCGCGUAAACAUGCAGUUUUUGGAGUAUCUGCUGGUUUACCUCAUCUUAUAAAUACAGCAGUCAGUCCAGGAUUUUUCCAUUUGAAUAAAGUACACCAGAAUUCUGUUCUGGGGAAUACAUCUAAUUUACUGCUACAGAACCUCUCCCACCUACAACUGGCACAGAAGCAACUAAUUAAAAUUGAGAAUAUUCAAACUAACAGUAAACCUGGCUUACUUGGAGAGCCUCCACCAAUGUUACUUCAGACAGUAUUGGGAACAAGGCCAAUACCAUCAGUGAGUGCAGACCUGGGAAACCAUGGAGAAGCGCAUACAUCAUCUAAUGUGACUCCAAAUCGAACAACAGCAGCAACAGGGAUGGGCAUCUUGCCAUUCUUUCCAAAUCAGCCCGUUGUUGGACAAGCUAUGCCAGGGCAAAAUAAUACUCAGGAUAAACAAUCAACUACAGUGGGACUGUCAGAAGGAGCUGGCUCAGGGUCGCAGGCUUGUCUUCAGAGCUUAACAAAUUUUACUGCUGGAGGCUUACGCACAGAACAUCCCCAACAGCAAAGUCAGCCAAAAAGCACUGAUACAAGUUCAGGGAUUCCCUCAAAAAACCAGACUUCGCUCCUGGGAGAACCACCCAAAGAAAUCCGUCUUAGUACCAAUCCCUACUUGAAUUUGGCAAGCGUGUUGCGUGGUGUAUGUCUUUCAGGAGUUGCCAGCAAAGCAACUAGUACACAGCAGCACCCUGGGCUUUCAAGCAACAUAGUGGAUGCUGCAGUCUCUCAGGGAACUACAUCACAACAUGCAAUGGAAAACUACUUUAAUUAUUCUCAACAGUAUGGGGAUUAUACACAGGAGGCUGUCCAGCAGUGGUAUCAGCAUUAUGCGCAGGCAUACAACGCUACUCAAGCAAGAGUAGGUGAAUUUGAAAAUGAAGCUUCCGAGGAACCUGCUAUAUCUUAUGGAGACUACAAUACCUAUUUGCAGGUUAUGCCUUCAUAUUACACCGGAACCCAGGGAUCAUGCCAGCCAGGCAGCUUUCAGCUUACUCCACAGAAUGCAUUAAAUAAGGUGGCACCAGUAAGAAGUGAAAAGCGAAGUUCCUCACACCUCAUUUCUUCCCCAGAAGCUGGCCCAGUUGAAUAUAUUGGCCAGCACACUCAGGGCACAGCAUCAAAUUAUGCAGAAUCCUAUCUUAAAAAAAAGCGUGUUUAUUGAGAUCCAAUCAACCAAUCCUGCCUUAAAGCCAACAGGUGACCUUUUUGUACCUCUGUAUUUAUUACUGCCUUAACUUCAUACCCAUCCAUCUUUAUAUAGGGUGACACAUUCCUAAAAGGAACAAUUCAGGCAAAUUUUCCAAAUAAAUUAUAUGUAGCAAUAAAGACAACUAGUUGGA